UUGAGUUCGGCAUGAGUUGCGUGAUGACGUACUUCCCUCCAACGUAAUUUUUGACUGUCCCUGUUGAGCUGCCUGGGAAGCCCCUAGCGCGGAGCUGCCAACGCCCGACGUAAAGACACAAAUAGUGGAUACGGUAUUGAAUGAAUAGGGGAGACUGUGCAGCAGAACGAUGCAGACCAUCAAGUGUGUUGUAGUUGGGGAUGGUGCAGUGGGUAAAACCUGCCUGCUGAUCUCAUACACCACAAACAAGUUUCCCUCUGAAUACGUACCUACAGUGUUUGAUAAUUAUGCCGUAACUGUAAUGAUUGGAGGCGAGCCUUACACACUCGGCUUGUUUGAUACUGCAGGUCAGGAAGACUACGACAGGUUACGACCUUUGAGUUACCCUCAGACAGAUGUCUUCCUCGUCUGCUUUUCUGUCGUGUCCCCAUCCUCGUUUGAAAAUGUCAAAGAAAAGUGGGUUCCAGAGAUCACCCAUCACUGUCCAAAGACCCCCUUCCUGCUAGUCGGAACGCAGAUUGACCUGCGGGACGACCCAUCCACUAUAGAGAAACUGGCCAAGAACAAGCAGAAACCGAUCACACCAGAGAUGGCUGAGAAGCUGGCAAGAGACCUCAAGGCUGUGAAAUACGUGGAGUGCUCUGCUCUGACGCAGCGAGGGCUGAAGAAUGUUUUUGACGAAGCAAUCCUCGCUGCCCUCGAGCCGCCCGAGACGCAGCGACAGAGGAAAUGCUGUUUAUUUUAAACUUUGUUUUGCCAACACUCAUCCUCCUUCCCAAGUCCUCAACUCCAUGUCUGCAGUUUUACUAAGGGAUCUAUACCAAGACUGAUCAGGCUUCCCUCUCCUUCAUUUUUACAAAAUUACUUCAACAUUCCUGGGCAGAUCCAUCCCUUCUGUCUGCUGAGUAGCUUCCAGAGGAUGCAGGAUGUCGUGCUUGCUCCAUCUUCCUCCACCUUCAUCCUGUACUGGUUUAUGAGAGGAAAUGUUGCAGUUCCACUUUUAAACUUCAUAGAGAAUUUGUAUGCUUAAGCGCAAGGAGUUCUGUGCACCACAUUGAUCUAGACUCAACUGAUUCUCGGUUAAUGGGUCUUUAAAUGUGAUGUUCUUAAUAUUUGACACAAUGGUUGUGUUUACAUUGGGGCAUGUGGUAUUGUCACCAAUGUCCAGAUUAAACUCUUUAGAAUUGUUAAGAAAUCUCUGUGUGAAAUGAUUAAAGACACAUUCAUCUUCCCCUGGCUCUUUCCUUUCAGCCAAAUCAUGCCAGUUGAUUGGUCAGAUCGGUCACAUGAUCCCACUCACGGUGCCAUUGGCAGUGUGGGACUGUGUGUGUGGACGUAAACAUGUUUGCAGGCAUGGCCAUUUGUUUUCCUCCCCUUCAUUUAGUGCUCUUUCUAAGAAGCGUUCUGACUUGCAUGUUGUGUUUAUCGACUCUCUGAAGUGUACGACUGCGCUACUUCAGUUUCUUCGCAGCACUGCCGCAUAUUUGUUUUUGGUCAUAACAGUAGUAAUAAUGAAUGAAUGAUGUGUUUUAUCAAAUUUAUCAAGAGAAUUAAUUUGGAUCCCUUUAUCAUGAUCUCAGUUGUUCAAUGUUACCGAAAAGAAAUGCAAUAGCUUAACGGAGGCCAAACUGCACGGUGACUUCAUAUCAUUUUUUGGGAAACAGGAUACAAGAAGGCAGCUGGUUACUUUCUCCAAACGGAAAUAGUUUUAUUGGUUAUUCAGAGUCCAAAGAAACAAGCAUACUCUUAUAAAAGAACAGUAGCGGAAUGAACAAAAAGUUUGAGCAAACUUGUGACUUUGAUAUGGAAGCAGUAUUUCAUUUCAUAUAUUGUUAUAGCUUGACUGCAGGAAUGAAGAGUUUUCUUUCUUAAAAAUAAUUGGUGCUGGCGUCCGGUCACUGCCUACACUCAUAUUUAACAUCAUUUGUUGACUGCUGCUGGGAUUUGUGCCCUUUUUUUUACCUUAUCAUUUAUGUUUUGACUUCUGCAUGUGUGCAACACCCCUUCAUCCAUCUGUUUGUGUG